CGAGCCUUAGGUUUUUUUUCACUUGCGGAACCGAUCCUCGCAACAACCUUCCCCGCAAUCCACCAGCAAUCUGUGCAAGAAGCCCAGUGCGGAUCUGCGCUCCGACCCAGAAAUUGCCGACAAGACCACCGACUGCCUCGGACUUGGGAUUUCACCGGAGGUCGAUCCGACGGUGCGGAUUUGCGCCGGCUGUGCCGAACGCGUCAACGCACGGACGUGUGCCAGUUCUGCUUGAAGGUGGAUGGCGGGGUGGCGUUGGUCGAGUUGUUUUCCGGGCGGCGGCGGGAGCGUGGCGGAUGAGGUGCAAACGGUGCGGGAUUGUUUAGGGGUUGAGAUCAACAGCUGGGAUAAGUUGACGAAGAUUUGCGGAGAUUGUGUGGGCGGUGUUGAAGAGUUGGCUGAAUUUCGGGCGGAAUUUUCCCCGACAGCCGUGCCGGUGAAGCUGGAGGACGUGACGGAUUCGUCGGAUUCGUACAGCAUUGGCAGUGAGAAUGGGGAAGCGGGUGAGGGUUUUGAGUCGGACAGUUCGACGGCGGAGAACGGGGAGAAGCGUGAGGAAAAGCGGAAGGUCACGGCACGGUCGCUGCCGUGGAUUGGAAGUGACCACGAGGUUACGAAGAUUAAAAGUCUAAAUGUUUGAACGAAGCGGAGGAUGGAGUUCAAGCGAAGGUGAAGGCCAAUAAUGUGGAUUUACAAAAUCCUCCAGCAGAAGGAUCCCGCGCGCAUCUUUAAGGUGCUUCUGCACAUGGUCAGACAAAUGACAAAUUCGGCAAAUAAAAACCGUACACU